UCAACGCGUAUCCGAAAAACGCUUCAACCACAAACAACGAAAGAAAGCGUGUCCAAAACGACGAACCGUGUAAUCGACUGACGAGGAAAAUCUGUCCUUUCCACAGACAAAAUGCCGAAGUAUUACUGUGACUACUGCGAUACAUACCUCACACAUGACUCGCCAUCGGUGAGAAAAACACACUGCAACGGCAGGAAACACAAAGAGAACGUCAGAAUCUACUACCAGAAAUGGAUGGAGGAGCAAGCCCAGAGUCUCAUCGACAGAACAACCGCAGCGUUCCAGUCCGGUAAGAUCCAGCACAACCCGUUCAAUGAGGGCGGUGGGCCACCCCCUCCAGGCGGGGCUACCGUCCCACCCCCACAGAACUAUGGUGGACCAAGGGGGCCCAUGCCACCCAGGGGGCCUAUGGGUGGUCCAGUGAUGGGUGGGCCACCAGGGGGUCCCAGACCACUCAUACAGAACCCGCCAGGCCUGAUGGGUAUGGGGCCCAGACCGCCAAUGAUGGGACCCAUGGGACCUAUGCCGCCAGGUACUAUGCCACCCCCAGGAGGGCUACUGCCAAGACCUGGCAUUCCAGUUGCAAACAGACCCUCAUAACAUUCUACAAGCUGUUUUUAGUUUUUUUUUGUUUAAGUAAACUUUCCAAGUUUUUCUUUUUUUAAAGGGUCUAUGUACUUUUUGUAGGACAAAAAAACACAAUGUCCACAAAAUUACACUAAUCGUACACAGUUUGAUGAUAAUGAUACCGGUAUGUGAAAUCUUCCCUGAAAAUAGAACUUGCUGAGGUGCUGUAGUUU